CUGCGUUCAAUACCUGCGCACUUCGCGGUCGUUAGAAGCAGAAUGCUAUCCUUCGUUGCGGUACUCCCUCUUCUCGCUGGGACGGUAAUCUCCGCUCCUUCUACUCCGGGAUGGCGGUUCGACUUGAAGCAAGAGCUGUCCGGGAUCGUUGCCUUGGAGGCUAUUGCCGUCAGUCCGACGCUCGUAGUGAUGUUUGACCGUGCAUCCGAUGAUCCUCUGCAAAUCAACAACCAUUCGGCGUGGGGAGCCAUUUGGGAUCUAUCGACCAGCACUGUCAAGCCCCUCGACGUCCUCACCAACUCUUUCUGCGCGAGCGGGGCUUUGAUCUCAAACGGGACUAUGGUCAGCCUUGGGGGCGAUCCUCGAGGAUUCCCGGGUAACCCGGCAAUCGAGCCCGGAAACAUGGCGAUCCGCAUUUUCGAACCCUGUGCAUCACCCGACGGGACCGGAUGCACCCUGUUCGAGGAUCCCGCAACCCUGCACCUUGCGGAGACCCGGUGGUACCCGUCUUCGGUCCGGAUCUUCGAUGGUAGCCUGAUGAUCGUCGGUGGGACCCAUGUGGACGCAGACUUCUACAAUAUAGAUCCCGCCAAUUCGUUUGAAUUCUUCCCACCGAAGGAUAAUGGCGUCCCCAGGCCUUCCGCGUUCUUGGAACGCAGCUUGCCCGCAAACUUGUUUCCCAGGACUUUCGCUUUACCCGAUGGUCGCAUCUUCAUGGUCGCCAACAAUCAAACGAUUAUAUACGACAUUGAAAAGAACACCGAGACUAUCCUCCCGGACAUCCCGAACAAUGUUCGUGUUACAAAUCCGAUCGAUGGCUCUGCCAUCCUCCUCCCUCUCUCGCCUCCGGAUUAUACCCCCGAGGUACUGGUUUGCGGCGGUGUAGCGACGGACACUCUUCCGCCAGCGAAUUUGUCGUCGCAGGACCCGGCCACCACGCAAUGCAGUCGUAUGCUCGUGACUGAAGAAGGAAUUAAGCAAGGAUGGCAGGUCGAGCAUAUGCUCGAGCCUCGUGCGAUGCCGGAACUCGUACACCUACCGAAUGGACAAGUCCUCAUCAUCAGUGGUGGCCGUUCCGGGUACGCGGCCAUCAAGCAAGUUCCCGACGCUGUCGGUAACUCGAACGCCGAUCACCCCGUGUUCACGCCGUCGUUGUACACACCCGAUCUUCCCUUGGGCCAACGCAUCAGUAACAAGGGAAUGCCGACAUCGAACGUUGCUCGCCUUUACCACUCGACUGUUACGCUCACUCCGCAAGGUAACUUCCUCGUUGCUGGCAGCAACCCCAAUGGCAACACCACUCUCCCGGGCCCCGGAGUCACGUUCCCUAGCGAGUUCCGGGUAGAGACGCUUGAUCCGCCGUUCAUGUUCGUCGAGCGCCCCUCAAUCAAGAGCAUCCCAUCCAAGCUAGCGUUCGGUAAGCAAUUCACGGUUCCGAUCACCAUUCCUUCGAAUCUCAAGGCGUCGAAGAUCCAAGUCUCGUUGAUGGAUCUCGGUUUCUCCAGCCACGCGUUCCACUCGAGUGCCCGUCUUGUGUUCAUGGAUGCGACCAUUUCCAAGGACCGCAAGUCCCUCACGUUCACCACUCCCCCGAACGGGCGCAUCUACCCGCCUGGCCCCGCGACCAUCUUCCUCACCAUUGACGAUGUUACGAGCACUGGCGUACAGACCAUCGUGGGUAGCGGCAAUGCUCCUCCGACUCUGGAGUAGGAGUUCGCUUCGUGGGUAUGGGAACGACGUGCCUUUGAUGUAUGUUAUGGAG